AAACAUCACGCGCGUAGGUCGCUGUUUUAAACACUCUUCAAACAUUUCUAGCACAUUCUAAUAAAGCCAAUAAAACCGUGAAUAAAAUGUUUAAAGUAGCGCUAGGGACCACAGAGCUAGAGACGCGGUGUUAGCUAGAAACAACAACGUUCCGUUCUCGUGAAUGUGGAUGAGCAAGCUGCAGUGUAAGUGGCAUCACGAAAAGUCUGCGGAAAUGAAAGAAUGGCGACCGCCGUGUAUUUGGAACACUAUCUUGACAGCCUGGAGACACUGCCGUCAGAACUUCAGAGGAACUUCAAUUUGAUGCGGGAUCUUGACACGAGGGUGCAGGGACUUUCGAAGAACAUUGAAAAGUUGUCACAUGCAUAUAUGACUAAUGCUAAGAAUUACACAGCAGCUGAAAGGGCAGAACAUUUGGAAAAUGUAAGAAAAAUGUUUGAAAAAGCCAAAGAAUAUGGUGACGACAAAGUUCAGUUGGCCAUGCAGACAUACGAAAUGGUGGAUAAACACAUCAGACGUCUUGAUGCUGAUCUAGCCCGUUUUGAGGCAGAGCUCAAAGACAAGGUUCUGAACGUCCAGGGGAGUGACUCUGAAGGUGCUACGAAAAAACGUGGAAGAAAAACACAAGACAAAGCAGAGAAAAAAAAGAGCAAGCGUGGGCGCUCGAUGUCCUCGGAUGAUGAAGUCCCAAAGCCCUCGCGCAAGAAGCUCAAGGGUCAGGCCUCGCAGCCAACAGACGUUCCUCUGCUGCAAUCCAUCAGUAUAUCACAUCCAUCUGACGUGCUUGACAUGCCUGUGGACCCAAAUGAGCCUACCUAUUGCCUUUGCCAUCAGGUCUCCUAUGGCGAGAUGAUUGGGUGUGACAAUCCUGAUUGUCCAAUUGAGUGGUUCCACUUCACUUGUGUUGGACUCACAAGCAAGCCCAAGGGAAAGUGGUUCUGCCCAAAAUGUUCCAGUGAGCGAAAGAAGAAGUGAUUGCUGGCACAAGUGCUGCAGUGUCUUGAAGUUAUUGCUUAGUAGAGCACUUUGAUUUGCAUUGGGGACAAGGUGUGUGGAUAGUGACUUAUGCAUGUGUACAUAUCUGUGUGAGUUUUUGUGCUAAAUACAAGGGGCACUCAGUAAGUUCCAAGCCCAAGCAAGAACUUUGUGAACAAGUGCAUUCUUUUAUUUAUUCAACCCAGACUUCCCACUUGGAACGUUGCACUUUAGACAUUGCUUUCCGAGCUCAUUCCUGCCAAAAAAUUUUUGUGCUACGCCCAUGGAAGUUGUGCUCUUUGAGUUCACCAACUUUGUGAAAUCAUCGUUUUUAGAAGGUAGUCCUUCAAUUGUCUGAAAAAAGUCACUUGCGGCAAAAUUCGGCUAAUAGGCUCAGUAUUUGGUGGUAUUGAACAUGUGUUGCCCUGUAGAUUCUUCUGCAACCUAGGGCACUGUUAUGAAGAAACAAAAAUUGUCUUGCUCUGUGCAGCAUUUGGGCGCAACAGGCACCUGUUGUCACACAUUUGGAUGGUAGGUAAUCAAUUGAAGAACACCACCCUUGUCUCUUCAAAAAUGUUGCCGUGACUUUUCUAGAGGCUAUCUUAAAUUUUAUGGCUAGAAAAAAUUUGUACUUGCAGGCCAAGCUUUCUUGCUUGCUGGAGGCGUCCCGAUAGUAGAGCCAGUCUUCCUCUUUUCGCCAACUGCUUGUUAUUCUUGUCAGGGUUGAGCACUCUUCUUUGAUGCCAUUGGCACUCGAUGUUGCCAUUUAUUGGCUCCAUUUUUUUGAAAACUUACAUGCUGCAAGCUACAGCAUUCAUUAUGGAUAACAAUUCCCCAGAACAUUCCACUCUUUUGGUAAUUUCAAGCAGCAUUUUGGGCACUGAGUGUGAGCAGAUCUUUUGCAUGCACAGAUGUUUGUGCAUGAUUGCUUCUAAGAAUACAGUACCAACGUCAGGCUCUGUAGCAACAUGGGCAGCUGCCACCUGCCUGUUACUCAUAACAAUUAAUUUCCAGCAUAUCUUGAGUGACUACUUCAGCUGGGGACUGGCCAAUGGGACAUCUUCCAGAGGCUUCUUGCUGUAGUUAAAAAAUGCCUUUUUAUCAUCAUGCAUGACAGUGAACAGCCCAUGCAGAAAGUGUUUGUGUGCUCAUGAAUAUACAGGGUGUCCCAAGUAACUUGAGCCAAGCAUAAAAAUAUGCCAAUGCCAUGUAGCUGGACAUAACCAAGGUAAUGUUAUUUGCCGUUGCUUGGAGAUACUAAGAUCUUUUUCAUUCUGCCUAAUUAGACAGUCUUAAUUAUUUACCAAUUUAAGUAAAUUCUCAAAUAUUAUAAUUCUAUGAAAAGUAUUACAGAAAAGAUUGUAGAGCCACCUGAAAAACUCCCAAUACAGCUUUCUAUUGCUCAAUAUGUGCUACAUAAAAAUAUUUUUCCGAGCGUGAAAGCAAUCCGCAAACACACGCAAAAUUGCCGCACGACUGGCCGCUCGGGGCACUUUGCAUGCAUUCGCGGGCUUCUUUCAUGCUCGGAAAAACACUUUUAUGUAGCACGUAUUGAGCAACAGAAAGCUGUUGUAUCAGGAGUCUUUCGUGUUGCUCUACAAUUUUUUCAUUGAUGCUUUUCAUCUCAAUGCGUUGGCGGGCUAGUUGGUGCGUAUCCAUGAAUACUUUGUUUAGCGCAAAACGACAGACACAAGAAAGACAACAGGACAACAGUUUGAGCGGUCUAUAAAGGAGUGACGCAAUAAAAUGAUGUCAGUUGAGAGUAGCACCUUGUCCUGUCGUCUUUCUUGUGUCUGUCGUUUUGCGCUAAACAAAGUAUUCAUGCUUUUCAUCUAAUUAUCAUAUUUGAGAAGUUGAUUAAUUAAAUAAGGCUAAUUCUCUAAUUAGGUGCUAUUAAAAAAAAGAAUAAUCUGAGUUUCCCCAAGUGAUGCAAACAACAUUACCUUGGUUCUCUCCAGCUGCGUGGCAUUUGCAUAUUUUUAAUGUUUGGCUCAAGUUAUGUUGGACACCCUGUAUAUAUGCUAGUGCUGUGCUGUCCUUCAUGAGAAAUUUAGUAAUGGCAUGAUGAUGAUUUAUGCUGUACCUUGACACAGCUUUAUUGCCAUCUAGUUGCUCUCAGUGAGGUGUGACGUUGAAUAGGCUGAAAGGAGUGUAGUGCUGUACUAAUGUAAAAUUGCAGUACUUUCAGCUUGUUCUAACAUGCGUGGGCUGGAACAUAUUGAACACCUCUCAUAUUGCACAGCAGCAUUUGGGCUGCUAACUUUACUGGCCUGUCACUGUGUAAGUUAGCAUGUGGUGUGAUAAGAAGUAUGACGAUCAUACCAGUGAAUAGUGUUUUUCUUUAAUUAGCAUAUAAAUGGCUGUGGAAUCACAGUAUUAAAAUGCACAUUGAUACAUUCAUUACAUAAAGCGUGCACUGCUCUAUAUAUAGUGGCAUAUGAUCUCCUGUGGUUGGCAUGGUGUAUCAUGAGCCUUCACACAGCAUGCUUGGUUUUGGGCUGUAUGCGCCAUCUGUGAAUAGUGUACGUACUGAAGCAGUAGACUUGUCAAAAUUGCAUGCCUACCUUUCUUGAAAAAAAAUAGGCUUAGGUGAUUUCAUUGCAAACAGUGUGUAGCAGUGACUAUUUCUUCUCCCUCCUUGGCUGCAACUUAUUCUGUGCCUUGCAGUCUGUAUUUAUGUCUUCGAUGUUGUUAUGCAGCAAUUCAUACUACAAGAAAAAGCGCCUAUGGUUUUUAAUGGUAAAAAUGUUUACAGAAGAAAUUAGGCAGGAAAGAUGCUGGUCCUGUCAUUCUGAUUUCUUCUUGAAAACUUUUUUUACUGCUGGAAUUUACAGUAUGUUACUCCAUCAGCCACCUAGCCCACCUUAAAUGAGAUGAGGUCAUACCGUUAUAUUCAGGUGCAAGUGUACUGCAGAUUCACUUUUGGGUAUUUAGUGCACUUAUCAAAUGACAUCAAGCUUUGUGUUUCAUGCUGUGUCUGUCCAAAUUGAUACUAGAAAUUGGCCUGAAUAAUACAUUUUGUUUUGCCUAAGGAUCUGGAAGAAGCUAGGGUAUGGCUGAUCCUGAUUAAAAAUUCAUUUUGUUUAGCCUCUGA